GACGGAGAGAGAGAGAGAGAGAGAGAGAUUCCCAGAGAGAAGAGAGCCAAGAGAGAGAGAGAGAGAGAGAGAGAGAUACACAGAGAGAAGAGAGCCAGUGAAGAGAGAGAGAGAGAGAGAGAGAGAGAGAGAGAGAGAGAGAGAGAGAGAGAGAUGGGAUUUUUCAAAGUCUUGUAUUCAACCGUUAGAAACGCCUGUCGGAGAUUGUACAAUCUGGGCUGUGCUGCCGUUAGGAAGAUCUGGCCUGCCGGAGCUUCGGAAUCCUUGCACUUGACGGCCGUUAAACUCACAAAUACGGUUACCAACACCUGCAAGAGUUCGUACGACCUGUGCUGUGCUGCCGUUAUGAAGGUCGAUAACGCCGUUAGAGUGGCCGGAGAGCAGAUCGUGCCCGAUUCUCAAGUCAGGGAGAAGAUCGGAGGGAUUCUACUGGCGGUUUUGAAUUGCGGGGUCGAUAUUACCAUCAGGAAGCGGCUCAAAGGCUACACAUGUAAGUUUCCCUUGUUGACCAAAAUAUCCUUGGGAAGGGACUCGGACUCGAUAGAGACCUCACCAUGGUUUUAUUUACAACUCUAUAAUAUUGUUGGAGUUGGACUCAAGUCUCGGCGUCCAUCGGAUCAUGGGAACAAGAAACCCAAAUGUUCCGAGGAUGAGGAAAAGAUGGAAGAGCUACGAAAGGAGAAGGAUAAAAUGAAGGAAGAAAUGAAUAUCAUCAAUUACCAUCUCAAGAUAUUACUCGAGCAGAUUCAGAUAUUAGUGCAGUGGAUUAAGCCGUUUGAGUUUCCUAAUGAAAAGCUCCUCUUGGAAUCAGUACAAAAGCUUGAAGAUGUCACAAGCCCUUGUGAGAUGGAGGAGGAAGUCAAGGUUGGUGAUUAAUUGAUGUUGCCUCUAGCAACUGAAAACUUGAUUAUGAAAGAAUGGAUUAGUGUUAGGUUUGGUUUGGUUUGGUUUGGUUUGUGAUGAGGUCUGGUGUUUUUUGGAAGUAUAAUUUACUUUAAUUUGGUUUAGGAUUUUAUGUACUUCUCUGUGUAUUACAGUAGACUGAGUUACUUUUGAAGUUUUUAUAAGCAUGAGAAAUAUUUGCUUUUAGAGCACUAUUUAUAGUAUAUGUAAUGAGAGCAGCUUUUGGA